UCCAGCUCAACUCAUUCGGUCCCAUUGACCCUCAUUGCUUGCUCUGGGGGAUCUACUCCAAAUAACGCUCAUCCUUGCGGCAUAUUCUACCUCCACUCCCCCAAGUCAGACGAAUAUUUUCACCACAGAACCGAAACUAACCACCCAAGCCGCCACAACGGAAUACUACAAACUCCAACCUUCCUUCCUCUGCAAGGACUUUUCAACAAAAGUCUCCUGCUUGCCAUGUCCCUACUCCUCCCCCAAUCCCUCUCCAAGGGCCUGCGAGUCUCCCACCGAACACCCUUGAGCAUCCGCCACGCCUCGCUCACCUCCGCCAUCAACCGCGGCAUCCGCCGCUCAUCGCAUGGUCGGGGGGCGCGACAAGCAGGAGAGGAGGGCGAGCAGCGGGCAACAGCAUCAAGACAUCAGCGUCGCGGCGGGAGAGAAGAUCGGGGUCGCGAAAGAGAUGAUUGGAGAAUCAAGAACGAGGGGUAUGAUGAGGAGGAGUUUAUCCGGACGGGGCAGUUUAGGAGGGUUGCGAGGGAUGGGGAGGAUGGCAACCCCCGUCGCAAAACAGGGCAGUACGCCCACACGAGCACCGAGCAGGUCCCCGAACGCAUCAAGAACCACGUACGCGCCCCCUCGGAGAUUCCCUACACGACGCCCGCGUCGCAGUUUGUGUUCGGCACCUCGGCGGUGGAGGCGGCGCUGCGCUGCACGCGGCGCCAGCUUUACAAGCUGUACAUCUACCAGUCCGAGGGCGAGAGCCUGUCCGACAGCAAGGUGGCGCUGCGCAAGCUCGCCCUGCUCAACAACGUCCCCGUCAAGAUGGCCUUCGCCGAGUGGGACCGCCUCCUCGACAAGAUGAGCGGCGGCCGCCCCCACAACGGCGUCGUGCUGGAGGCCUCGCCGCUGCCGCAGCUGCCUGUCACGCACUUCCACCGUGUGGCCUCGCCGGAGGAGGCCAACUUCCAGGUUGAGCUCGGGGUGCAGUCGCGCGAAGAGGCCGCCGUCAACGGCACCGACACCCUCGUCCCGAUCAACCGCCCGCGCUGGCUGUCCGCCCACCCUGACGAUCCCCCCUCCACCCCGAGUCGCUACCCCAUCGUGCUUCUGGUUGAUGGCAUCCAGGACCCCGGCAACAUGGGCGCCAUCAUCCGCUCGGCGUACUACCUGGGCAUCGACGCCGUGGUGCUGGCGGCGCGCAACUCGGCGCCCCUGACCCCCGUCACCAUCAAAGCCUCCGCCGGCGCCGCGGAGAACAUGCCGCUACUGCUGGUGCGCAACGAGCGCGAGUUCAUCGCCAAGUCCAAGGAGAACGGCUGGCGGUUUUUCGCCGCCGCUGCGCCCGGGCCCACCGCCCAGGCUGCCGCCGUCGGAACGGAUGGGAAGAGCGAGGACGCGCCCGCUGCGGCCCAGUCGCCCUGCGUGCUCAUGAUGGGCAGUGAGGGCGAGGGUCUGAGCGGGCAUCUGCUGUCGGCUGCGGACGCGAGGGUAGGGAUCCCUGGCGCCCGUCUGGACAUGCGCCUGGGGAUUGAGAGCGAUCCGGCGCGCGUGGACAGUCUGAAUGUCAGCGUGGCGGCCGCGCUGUUGAUGCAGCGGUUCCUGCAGGCGCCGAUCGUUGUGAACGAGUCGGAGGAGGUGAAACGGACCAAGAGAGGGAGGCGUCGGGUCUAGGCUUGUGGUUUGGCUGUACGCUAAUUGACUUGUGUGUGUAUAUAUUAUGGUUGUCUAGAUGUACAUGUACAUUCGCAGCGAGGAGUCACU